AUGGAACCCAUACAUCCUAAACUUCAACCGUCACCUGGCGCCGCUCUACACCCUAUCUCUCCUGAGCGUAUCAAUCAGCAGAAUAUGAACGGCUCUCCAGCACAUCCUUCGGAUCUCUCCCCACUUCGGCACAAGCAUACACGGACGAAUUCUGACGUGCAAGCGAAAGUGGCAUUUCUGAAUCAGCUCUCGAGGGCUACCAGUCCAGCAGCUCAGUCGCAUCCUUCAUCCACCACCACAGCUGCCCUUCACAGGGCGAUACUGGGACGUGAGGAAGCAGAAGCUUCACUUCAAACAACACUAGCUCAGCUGUCAGAGGCCAAUGCACGAGAACGAAGAGUCAGCGAGCGUUUGGAGUCCCUAAUGGAGGAAUUGCAUUCUUUGAAGGAGAGGCAAACCCAUGAAAGAGCAGUAUUUGAAAAGGAGGUCCGACGGGCACGAAAGGAGGCAUUCCGGGCUGGAUCAACUCUCGUUAAAGCUCAAGAGGAGCUUAAAUCGUUAAGGGGAGAAAUGAAGACAUUAAGAGAAAAUGUUGCUAGCGAGAGGGAAGCUAAAGAAAAAGCAAAACAGGAAGCAUUUGAACACGCACAUGCAUUGUCCGGAUUGGCGGAAGAAAUAGAGGUAUUGAAGGAGAAGGUUAGGUCUGUUGAAACCAACAACCAGUCAGAUACAUUCGAGGCACGGGCCGAAGAAAUGAGAGGAGAAACACCCAAAUGCAGACUUCCACUCGUGGAGAGAGAUGUUACUACGUACACCCCAAUGUCGUGGAGAUUAAAACCGCACCAAAGGCCAUCGAGUCCCCGGAAGAGCGGCGUAUCCUCUCAAAUUACAAGCCCGCAACUAGGAUCUCCACUUAAAAUGAAGGUUUUGCGGCGCAAUUCAUGUAAGGAAAAUGAGGAUCCUGAAGCAGCUGUGUACGACCAACUUGUCGAAAAUUUGGAGCAGGACCUUGAAUGGGAGAAACGCCUGCGAUCAAAGGCAGAAGAUAUGGUGUAUUUCCUCAAGAUGGAAUGCCAAUUUCAUCGUUGCUCCUGUCGACUCGCAGAAAUGCAGGGGAUUAGGUACAUUUAUGAUGCCGAGUGGGAUAGAAUGAAUCGGGAAAAGGAGGGAAAUUCUGGCAACCUCAUAUCAGACGACCAACCUGCUCCUCAAGUGACAAGACCUCCAGCCAGUAAUUCGAACCCCAGAACACUCCAGGAAACGCAGGUCACGGAGCCUGCAGUAGCUUUCUGUCCAGAUACGGGGACGUUUAAAACAGUGUCGCCCUGUGCAACUCAAAAUAAUGUGGCUAUGAAGCCAUCAAUUCUACAACAUACCAUUAGCCGCGAACCCUCGCCGCUGCCAGCUGGUCCCCACCAUAAUCCCUCCCCCGCUUCUCCACCGGUGUCGCCAACCACAGAGAUAGAAAUGGAAGAUCCCAAACAUACGGACUUCCAAACAGAACCUCCAGGCCAAGCACAGAAUGUCAGCAAACCUGUCACGCAACCUCCGGCUCCCCUCGAAUUGGCAAGUUCCUUCCGCUCCUUCCCUCGAACUUUACAUAUCGAAACAGGCCAUUUACCACCCCGAAGGGACCCUACUGAUACCACGACGCCAAAAGUAACAGAACUCAUGACAGCAAUGUCCACUACUACAACUAUUCCUCUCCACGCUGACGAUUACUCUUCUACCAUGAACUGCCCCAUCCCUGGUACCCCUGUCACGCGAGAAGAAGCACUCGCCCAGAUCCGCGCGCGAAGGGGUCGUGCACAGACUCUGAAAAGAUCUGCUAGCGCUAAUGAUGCCGCUUCGCGUUCGUCCUCACGUUCUCGUUCCCGCCUCGCAAAUGCCAACACUACGCCAAUCCAUAGCUCAAAGAAAAUUCCUACAAGUAGUCGAGCCUCUAGUCGAGUAGCUAAGAGAGAUUUCAGCGCGCCUAUUGGAAGAUAUUAA